CUGGUCAAGAGCUGUCAGGUCAAAGUAUAAAUAUGCUGGAAUGGACUGGUUCAUGAUUUUAACCCAAGUCACCAAACACUCCUCAUCGUUCAAUUCAACCUUAAGAUGCUUUCUCAACUUUUGACUAUCUCUCUUAUGUUGAGUGCACAGCUUGCUGUUGCGUUGACAAACUCCUCUCAGCUGCCAGAACAGCUCUUUUUAGACAUCCCCAUCACCGAUGUUCUUCAGAACACGUCCAUGUUGCCAUUGAUCGAGCCCUGGUCUAGCAAAUAUGUUGAAGCUAUCCAGAGCAAGAGAUAUGGUGAUGCGAUAUGGGCAAGAUUCCAUAUAGAGGGAGGCGUCCGGGAUGGCAUCGCCCAAGGUACAAACGACACCAUUUUGGACAUAGUCAAGGAAGACGCAGCUGGCUACAAGGUUAAUGCCCCUGUUCAAUACGCCGAAGCUGUUGCCUUCUACGCGAGUACUAGCAGUGAAGACACCCACUUGGAUCUCAUCAAGGCCAUUGUGGAUGCAACUCCGGAUGAAAGCCUUUCUAAACGUGCUACGUUUAAGAUAAAUUGCGACGCCAACAGCAAUCUCGCGUUCCAGUCAGACUGCCAGCAACUUAUACGUAACAUGCUGAGGAGCAAGAUAAACAUAGGAGACACAAGGCUUGCCGCUAUUCAUGGCGGUUGCAGACUGAGGGUUGGGCCUUAUCGUUCUGCUCCAGAUGUCACGUAUAACACAGCACGUGCGGUGGCUAUUCUGAUUGAAGAGAAAUGCUCGAGGAGGAUUGGAUGCUGCCAGUUUGUGUCAGGUUCUUCGCCAAAGAAUGGGGGACACCGAAAGAAACUGAGUAAUGCUGCACCAAGGAGCCUCCACCGCCAGUGGGUCUUCGUGGUGAGAAGAUCAACCAGUCUCGAAAGUUCCGGAUUGGGAAUGUUAGGAAAUGGGACAUGA